GUAUAAAUUGGACUCAUUUCUCUCUCUCUCUCUAUUUCACCUUCUCUUAGGGAUCGAGUCGACCCAGUUCCAGCUCCCUCCUCUUCCUCCUAUAUUCUUGUUGAUUAUUACAGCAAUCCCAGAAAAACACAGCUCCCAAAAGCGUGGUUCAGUGGUUGUGUUUUCUUUAUGUGAGACAUAUAGAUAGAAAGGAGAGGGGGAAAUGGAGGGAAUGAUGAGUUUCAAGAUUGGCAGCAACAGCACUACUGCUGCUGCGACGACGAAGGGGAAGAAGGAUGAGCUUUAUCAUGUUAUUCACAAGGUGCCUUCUGGUGAUACUCCUUAUGUUAGAGCCAAGCAUGCUCAGCUUGUCGAAAAGGAUCCAGAGGCUGCAAUAGUGUUGUUUUGGAAGGCAAUAAAUGCAGGAGAUAGAGUAGACAGUGCCCUAAAGGACAUGGCCGUUGUGAUGAAGCAACUAGACAGAACUGAAGAAGCCAUUGAAGCUAUCAAGUCCUUCAGAGGCCUUUGCUCUAAACAAGCACAAGACUCGCUGGAUAAUGUUCUCAUCGACUUGUACAAGAAGUGUGGGAAGAUCGAGGAGCAGAUUGACUUGCUCAAGAGGAAGCUGAGGUUGAUAUACCAAGGAGCAGCCUUCAAUGGCAGACAGACUAAGACUGCACGCUCUCAUGGAAAGAAGUUCCAGGUCUCUGUUAAGCAAGAAACCUCCAGAUUAUUGGGAAAUUUGGGAUGGGCAUACAUGCAGAAAGGAAACUAUAUGAUGGCAGAGGUAGUGUAUCGAAAAGCUCAGAUGAUCGAUCCUGACUCCAAUAAGGCAUGCAACUUAGGACUCUCCCUAAUCAAACAGGGCCGCUAUGAAGAUGCUCAGUUGGUUCUUGAGGAUGUAUUGCAAAGUCGUCUUCCGGGUGCCGAUGAGACUAAGUCGAGAAGAAGGGCUCAUGAAUUGCUAAUGGAAUUGAGGUCCAUACAUGAUCCGCCUGAGUCCGUGGACUUAUUGGGGAUAGAUGAUGAUUUUGUCAAGGGGCUUGAGCAGUUGAUGAAUGAAUGGGGCCCUUUUAGAUCCAAGAGGCUUCCCAUCUUCGAAGAAAUCUCUCAAUUUAGAGAUCAAGUGGCAUGUUAAUAUUGGUUGCUACUUUAGUUAUUUUCAAAGAAUUUUCCCUUUGUAGGUGUGGAAAGUGGUGAGCAAAUUUGAAUCCCGGUAAAAUUGGCUGUGAUGCGUUAUAGGCCUAGACUAGUAAGACACACUUCGUGAGGAUGUCUGGGAAAAUUAAAAUAAGGCCCCCCCUUGUACAUAAUUAAUGAUUGUGUAGGGAAGAACAAGUUGGUAAUAAAAAUGUGUGGAUGCCAACAAUUAUUGGUUC